AAAACAUAGGUUGAAAUAAUUUAGAACAUGGGCUGAAAAUAAACUCAAUCAAACCUUAUCAUGUUUCUGUUUCAUUUGUCUUUUAAAUUUCUAGUUUACUCAUUCUAUUUUGGGUUUUUCACUCUCUAGCAUGUUCUAAACUAUUUUUCAGCAUAUUCUAAAUUAUUCCUAUGUUCAAAAAUAUAAUAAUAAUGUUGGAAUGUUACUAAUGUUUUUGAUUUCUUAAUGUUGCAGUAAAAUGCAAGGCCAAAAUGAAGAAAAAUCAGAAGAAGGAGUUACUAAUAUACAAGAAGAAGAAAUUACUUAUGUAAGAAAAAGGAAAGUUGAAAACGUUGAAGCGGAAGUAAUUGAUAGAUCGGAAUUUGAGAAGCAUAUUGAAAGUAAAAGUGUUGCUAUAAGACAUAGAAAACUUCCAACAAGGCUUCAACCACCUCGAAAAUUGCAAAAAAAGGAAGGAAGAGAAAAAGAUCAAGAAGAAGGAAAAGAUCAAAAAGAAGAAGAGGGUAAUAAUGUUGAGGAUGAUGACAAGAAUAAUGAUAGUAAAGAUGAUGGUGAGGAUGAUAAUAAGGGUGAUGUAAAGAUGAAAGAGAAAGAUGAAAAAGAGGAGAUGGAAGAUGAUAGUGAGGAGGAACAAAAAAUCAAUAAAAAAAAUCAAACUCAGAAGAAGAAAAGAAAGAUUGAAAAAGAAGAAGAUGGUGAGGAUGUCCAAGUAGUAGAAGCUAAUGAGCAAGAUAAACUAGUUAAGAGGCAACCUUAUCAAAGAGUACCUCCUACUCAAUUCAUGAAGGAUGUGUUGAUAAAUCUUUCGGAAAAACAAAAGCAAGCUAUUUCGGAACAUUGGUUUUGGAGGCUUUUUGGAAUUGGAUUUACCAAUCCAUAUUAAUUCUACGUAAGUAGUAGAAUGUUAUGUUCUAAAAUCAUAUUCUAAAAUCAUAAGUAUUAUCAAUGUUAUGUUCAAAAUUAUGAUUUGUCAUGUUUGAAUUGCUAUACACUAAUGUUCUAAA